CUGAAAGGGUGGAUUUUAUCUAUUCUUCAGUUGCAAUGAGAUGGCAGCUUCACAUCAUGUCGAAAUGGAGGCAGCGAAGUUUCUGCAAAAACUUAUUCAGGAGUCGAAAGAUGAGCCUGCGAAACUGGCAACAAAACUUUACGUGAUAUGCCAGCACAUGAAGAUGAGUGGGAAGGAACAGUCCUUGCCAUAUCAAGUAAUUUCAAGGGCCAUGGAAACGGUAAUCAAUCAAAAUGGUAUUGAUAUUGAGGCGUUGAAGUCAUCACGUCUUCCUAUGACUGGUGGAACACAAAUGGGAGACUCUGGAGUUGCAAGGUCAGCAGAGAAGGAUAAGCUUGACAGUCAACCAUCAGUAGGUCUGUCUUUAAGAGGUUCAUCUGUCAAUGCAUGGCAUGCCGGAUCAAGUGGUAAGAUAAAGGAUGAUAUUUAUGGCGGAUCGAGCGAGGGGAUAGGGGUUCUGAAAGAGUCUAAAGCAGGUUUUCCUGAGAAUGAGAUGGGGAGGCUUGAGUCAGUUGUUCUGAACAGGCCACCUGCUGGGCCAAGCAGGUCUGAAAACGUGGGACAUGAUGCUUAUCAAGGAUCUGUAUCCCAGAGAAGUGGUAAAGUUUUUGAUCAUGAAAGUCCAUCUAGUCUCGAUACCAGAUCUGCAAACUCACAGGAAAGGCGUGAUAAAGCAAAACCAGAUAAACAGGGACUUAAAAAAGAUACUAAAAAGGCUAGUGCUAAGAGAAAGAGAGCAGACUCAACCUCAGCCAUGGAAACACAUAAUGACAACCCUCAGCAACUAGAUAGUCCUGGUAUCAGAUUCAAUCCAAAAAAGGGGAAGCCGAUGAACAAGGGUGAUGCACAAGGCGGUUUCACAAUUAAAGGUGGUGAACACAAUCCUGUUCAAAGUAGUGAUCACGUGGAUUAUCUGUCUUCCUUAUCUGGUGGAUUGGGAUCAAUAUUUAGGACCAAGCAAGAGAAUCAGAGUUUAAUAGAGAGGCCAGGUGAUAAAACAAUAACCACAAAUUCAAUGUCUUGGGCUCAGACUCCAAAAUAUCCAGAAGAGGGAGAAGUCUCUUCUGCUCAUGGUGCCUUGGGACUACAGAAAGGCGGAAUGCAACUGUCCAGACAUGAAAUUCUCAGUUCUGGUGGCUGGAUUCAGAAUAAAGUGGCGUUCCAAUCAGAAAAUUCUCAAGGCUCUAGAUUUCCUCUUAAUGUUGUUUCAAGUGCUUCAACAGCUGAACAGUUGGCAGUGCAGUCUCCUGGAACAAAUAGAGAGGAUGGCCAGUCCUCCGAAGGAGCAAUACUUUGUAAGACUGGAGGCUUUUGGCAACAACAAAGUGUUCCUCAUUCAGCACAACAAAUUGGAGAGGAAUCUCUUGGUAAUGAUACUGAACUUGGGGGUCCUGGAAGGCCCCUUGGAGCAGUAAAUAGUAACAUCUUACAUGGUAAUACUGCAAUCUUAGGUGGCAUUGGCAAUGUUCAUGGAGGCAUGCCAGGGGCUUUUGGUUCGUAUCCAAUGGUAAGGCCAGGUUUCUCUGCUCCAAUGCAAUUUAACAGUUCUUUCAAUAGUCAUGAUUUGACUUCAAAGAUGCACAAGGAGAGAAUUAUAGAGGCUUCAUCUGGAUCUCAACUGCUGGAGAAGAAUAAUGACAUGAUGUCUAAUGAUAUGCCCAUGAAACCUCCUGCAGUUGAGUUUGCUUCUACCAAAGUUGCUUUUCAUUCUGAACUUAGGAAACCUGGAUUCAUAAGGGAUGCAGUGCCAAGCAUUUCUGAGAAAGGUCUGGAUGCUCAAUUUUGUUCGUCUGGUCGUCGAGAGGAGGCAUUAUCUGGUGGAAGGGUCUCAGAGCAGGAUCGAGGCAUUUUAAAUGCCGCAGCCAAUUCCAGUAAGAUGGUGCAGGGUUGCGAGUCAAACAGUAACAUGGAAAUUAGUAUGGCUCGGGGUGGACCUUCUAGAGAUACAGGGAAAACUCCAAUGUCUCAGCUUCCUGUCUUACCGGGGAUGCCUUUCAAGGAACAACAUUUGAAACAACUCAGAGCCCAGUGCCUUGUGUUUCUAGCAUUCAGAAAUGGAAUGGUUCCUAGGAAAUUGCAUCUCGAAAUUGCACUUGGAGAAAGCAAUCAAAAAGAAGGUAGCAGUGCUGAUGGAGCUGGUAGGGAACUGACUGAUCAUAGAGGGAAAGAGUCGUCCUUAAAGGAGCCAACUAACAGUAAUGGAGUAGGGAUUGGAUCUGGAAGAACAAAUGAUAUUAGAGAUGCUGAAAGAGUUCUUCCUGGGUCCUCAUCCACUGGAAGUCUAAUAGAUACCGACUCCUCUUCAAAAGAGACAAAAAACAUGAAGAAGAUAAAGAAACAAAAGGGUCCACCGGCUGACCAGUUGGUGUUUGCUGAAGAAGGCCAACAACUUUCGUCUGCAACAAGAAAACCUGAGACUGAAAUGCAGACCCAAGAAACAACAGAAUCACAGGUAGGUGUAGCUAUGACCUUGGAGCCUCAAUCCCCAAUGAACAGUAGUAGGAUUUCAUCUGAGAAUAUUCAUGCGAAGGAUGAUCCUGACCAUGGAUAUCGACAAGUGGGAAGGGCAAACCAAAUCUGGAGAGGAAUCAGCUGUAAUAAUGAGGCUCCUAAGGGAACGAUGGAGGCGUCUAUGGUUCAGCAUGAACAAGUCUUAGAAAGAGAAGAAAUUCCUUUAAAUCUGUCACAAACAUAUGGUGACAGAGAUAGAGAGAACAAAUUAUUCAAGGCGGAGGCUGCUUUUAUGCAAGCUAGUCAACAUACAGAUAAAUACCCAUCCUCUGUUCCAUUGGGAGAGCAGACUAGACUUUCAGGGAAAGCAGUUGAGCCUCACAUUAUGAUGCCUCUGAAGGAUGUUAAUCCAUUAACAAUGCAUGCAUUGCAGGGGGGAAAGCAUAGCUCAAAAUCAGAGCCUAUUGUUUUCAAUAGUUUUCCCGAUGUUUUUGUUGGUGGCAAUUGCGGUCCAGAUGAUCAAAGGGGAUCUGAGAUUCAAAAGCAAAGUACUUCAGAUGGAUGCAAGAUGGUUACCAUCAAUAGGGAUCCAAUUACUGCGCUAGAAAAAUCUCCGGAGGAAGAAGAGGAUGAAAAGUCAUUAUCUACUGAGACACCACCUUCUCCGAAAUACACCACCUCAGAAAAGUGGAUUAUGGAGCGGCAGAAAAGCAAGCUGAUUGGUGAAGAAAAUUGGGCUCUGAAACAGAAGAAGACGGAAGAAAAAAUUACUGGUUCUUUCGAUAAAUUAAAGGAGACCGUGAGUUCAUCUGAAGAUAUUUCUGCUAAGACAAGAAGUGUUAUUGAACUGAAAAAGCUACAGCUGCUUAAGCUUCAACGUCGCUUGCGGAGUGAUUUUCUGCAUGAUUUCUUCAAGCCUGUCACAGCUGACAUGGAUCGUUUGAAGGCAGUUAAGAAACAUAAGCAUGGAAGGCGGAUAAAACAGCUUGAAAAAUUUGAACAGAAAAUGAAGGAGGAGCGACAGAAGAGAAUCCGUGAGAGGCAGAAAGAGUUCUUUUCUGAAAUUGAAGUUCACAAGGAGAAAAUGGAGGACUGGUUUAAAAUUAAAAGAGAGCGCUGGAAGGGUUUCAACAAACAUGUAAAAGAGUUUCAUAAAAGGAAGGAGCGGAUACACCGUGAGAAGAUUGACAGAAUUCAGCGUGAAAAGAUUAACCUAUUAAAGAACAAUGAUGUGGAGGGGUACUUACGAAUGGUUCAGGAUGCCAAGUCGGAUCGUGUUAAGCAACUGCUAAAGGAGACUGAAAAAUAUCUUCAGAAGCUGGGUGCCAAAGUACAAGAGUCAAAGACCAUGGCACGACGUUUUGAGAUGGAAAUGGAUGAGGGUAGGUCUGCAAAUGUUGUUGAGAAAAAUGAGGUUGCUAUUGAGAACGAAGAUGAGAGUGACCAGGCACAGCAUUAUCUGGAAAGCAAUGAAAAGUACUAUCUGAUGGCUCAUAGUAUAAAAGAGAACAUAACAGAGCAGCCAACUUGUCUUCAAGGUGGAAAAUUGAGGGAGUACCAAAUGAAUGGUCUUCAGUGGUUGGUUUCAUUGUACAAUAAUCAUUUGAAUGGAAUUCUCGCUGAUGAAAUGGGUCUUGGAAAAACAGUCCAGGUUAUUGCUCUGAUUUGUUAUCUAAUGGAAACAAAAAAUGAUAGAGGACCUUUCCUAGUGGUAGUACCUUCCUCUGUGUUACCUGGAUGGGAGUCAGAAAUUAGCAUCUGGGCCCCUGGUAUAAACAAGAUUGCAUAUGCUGGACCUCCUGAGGAGCGGCGUCGACUAUUCAAGGAAAGGAUUGUCCAUGGAAAAUUCAAUGUCCUUCUGACCACAUAUGAGUAUUUGAUGAACAAACACGAUAGACCUAGACUAAGCAAAAUAAAUUGGCAUUAUAUUAUAAUCGAUGAAGGCCAUCGCAUAAAGAAUGCUUCCUGCAAGCUGAAUGCGGACUUGAAACUCUAUCAGAGCUCCCAUAGAUUGCUGUUGACUGGCACACCUCUACAGAACAAUCUUGAAGAAUUGUGGGCCCUACUCAACUUCUUGUUACCAAACAUUUUCAACUCAUCAGAGGAUUUCUCUCAAUGGUUCAACAAACCAUUUGAAAGUGGUGGUGAUAAUUCACCUGAUCAAGCUUUACUGUCCGAGGAGGAAAAUCUUUUGAUUAUAAAUCGUCUUCAUCAAGUUCUUCGACCUUUUGUCCUUCGAAGGCUGAAACACAAGGUUGAGAAUGAAUUGCCUGAGAAGAUUGAAAGACUAGUAAGAUGUGAGGCUUCUGCUUAUCAGAAGCUUUUAAUGAAGAGGGUUGAAGAAAAUCUUGGUUCCAUUGGAAGUGUAAAGGGCCGGUCGGUGCAUAACACUGUGAUGGAAUUACGUAAUAUCUGCAAUCAUCCAUACCUCAGCCAACUUCAUUCAGAAGAGGUUGAUACUUUAAUACCAAAACAUUAUCUGCCACCACUCAUAAGACUUUGUGGAAAGCUUGAAAUGUUAGAUAGGUUAUUACCCAAGCUAAAAGCGACUGAUCAUAGGGUUCUAUUCUUUUCAACAAUGACCAGGCUGCUUGAUGUUAUGGAAGAUUAUCUCCACUGGAAACGUUACAGUUAUCUUCGGUUGGACGGACAUACGUCAGGAAAUGAUCGUGGCGCCCUUAUUGAGGAAUUCAAUCGACCAGACUCUCCUGCUUUUAUAUUUUUGCUCAGCAUUCGGGCUGGAGGUGUUGGUGUGAAUCUCCAAGCUGCUGAUACUGUUAUCAUAUUCGACACUGAUUGGAAUCCUCAGGUUGACCUGCAAGCACAGGCUAGGGCUCAUCGCAUUGGUCAGAAGAGGGAUGUACUUGUUCUGCGAUUAGAGACGGUUUGGACUGUGGAGGAACACGUCAGAGCUGCAGCAGAGCACAAACUAGGAGUUGCUAACCAGAGCAUUACUGCUGGUUUUUUUGAUAACCAUACAAGUGCAGAAGAUCGAAGAGAAUACCUGGAGUCCCUCCUAAGGGAGAAUAAGAAAGAAGAAGCUGCUCCAGUUUUAGAUGAUGAUGCUCUUAAUGAUCUCUUGGCCCGCAGUGAGUCAGAAAUUGAUGUUUUUGAAUCGAUCGACCGACAAAGGCGGGAAGAAGAGAUGGCAGCAUGGCAGAAACUGGUACUGGAACAGGACAAAGACAGUUCGGAGCCUUUACCUCCCAUGCCUCCUCGUCUUGUGACAGAUGAUGACUUAAAGGCAUUGUAUCAGGCCAUGCAGAUGUAUGAAGUAUCUAAUGUUGGGGCAAAGCAAAAGGGCGAGUAUCUCGGAGGGCUUGAUACCCAACAUUAUGGGAGGGGUAAACGAGCUAGAGAGGUACGUUCCUAUGAAGAUCAAUGGACAGAGGAAGAAUUUGAGAAGAUGUGUCAGGCUGAUUCCCCAGAGUCUCCUAGACACAAGGAAGAAACAAUCUCCAAGAGCAUGGCAAUGGAUGACAGUGCCUCAAAAUUGGGCAUGGGGAACACAGAUCCUCCACCUUUGGCACCACCACCGUCCACAGAACCACCACAGCUCCCUGGCAAAGAGUUGUCACAGCCAUCCAGACGAGGGCGUGGUAGGCCAAAAAGAGCAGAAGCAUCAUCAGCAGAUACCUCCCCAUCUGCAGGGGUUGUUCCCACACCUUCUGAGACUGCUGACAAAUUGGACAUGGGAUCUCAAAGAAAAAUCAGUUCAAGUCCUACUGUCACUCCUUCCACUGGUAGUUUUCCUGAUUCUGUUGAUGUCAAAGAUCUGAGAACCAUACAACACGAGUUCAGCGUUGGGAUUGCCCCUGGUUCAUUGAUAACCACUCCUGUCCUUUCUGUCCCAAUGCAAGUUAAAGGACAAAGCAGAAAGGCUCAAAGUGGAACAGAAGCACCUAGACGCAGGGCAAAGAAACAAACUUCAGGAUCGCCUGCUGUUCAACCUGAAAGGAUUCCUACUCAAAUGAUGCCAAUAGAAAGAGGCAUGACAUCAGAUAGCUCUCUAGCUUCUGUAGCUCAGGACAAUGAAAGGGUUGUAAGACCAUCUGGCACUUCAAAUGAUCCUUGUGUCAUCAGCUCUGAAUCGAGCUCCAUUUCUAGAAUCCCAAAGGAGAUGAGCAUGAUAUCAGAAAGCUCUUCUUCUUUUGUAACACAAAAGUUAGUGAGUAGACCACCUAAUACUUCAAAUGCCCCUACUAUUGUUAGUUUCGAGGUAAACCCAAUCACUGGGCUACCAAAGGUGGUUGAAUUGGUUCCAGUUCGAACCACAAUGCCAUCCUUUGCUCCGGACAAAUACAUGAGAGUGCGACCUAGCUUUGAGAAAAAGGAGACUCAGAAAUUUCCCAGUUCUGAGACAAAAAUAGCUGAGACCUCUUCAUCAGCAAGAACAGAUCGCAUAAGCUCUGUAGAAUCAAACAAGAAAGGUGUGAAGGUCAAUGUGGUGCCUGCUGGGCAAGAUCCCAAGGUUACCCAAUCAUCCACACCUGUGAUGUCUGCAUUGGCACAAGAUUUGAAAGAGAGGAGAUCUCUUCGUAUGGGGACCUUGGAUAAGCAAAAGGCAUUUGAAAAACCAGUACCCGUUUCUGUCCAAACUGGAUCUGUUCUUCAUGCCUCAAAAAUAGUGCCCAUCAGUGGCACAGUUCCUGGAAGGGCAGUGCAUGUGGAACUUGCUAUGGUCAAACCUGUUGAAUCUGUUGCAGGACAAGAUACUAUGUGCUAUGGCAAUGCACCUGGUGUGAGCUCUCUGAAUAUGAGGAAUGAGAAACCUUCAGUCCCUGCUCCCCUGUAUCAAAUGGGAUCUGCCGAUAAAGUUACAUCCAAGUCACCUGCCCCAGUCAAGCGUGGUACUAAAAGAAAAGAUUCAGGAGUUUCCAAUGCUAAACAAGCUGCUGUUGCAAUUACUAGUUCACAUGUUGUAGGGAAUGCAGUUCCUACAGUCCAUGCUCCCAAGGUUGGUUCACUGGUGGCUGAAGGGAAUAGGAGCAGCAUGAAACCCAUCACCAUAAAAGAUAAGCCGGAGAAUGAUUGUAAGAAAGUGGGAAAUGCUGUUGAUGAUAAAGCUUGUCAAAACCUUGUGCCUGAUGUAAUAUCUAACCAGAGGCCAAACUCAACAGAGAAAUCAGAUCUUUCUAUCCAGGGCAAACACCCACCAGAUACAUCAACAUUGCAGGAGAGCGCUGCCAUUUCCAUGGGGAAGAUCUCUGUAUGUGCAGAAAUCAAAGGAGAGGAAAAUUUGAUCUCUGAGCAAUCCUGUGAGGUCCCUCCUCCCAUCUUGGUAUCUAGCCAGGAGCCAAAUUCAAAUUCGAAAUCUGCCCAAGACAAGCAGCAUUUAACAGAAGUCAGAAAUGAGGAAGAUUGUCACAGCCGUAUUCCCAAUGUAAAAACUAACAAGAAGCUGAAGCUGACAGAGAAAUCAAAUCUUCCAGCCCAAAGUGUGCAGCGGCCAGGUACAUUAGCAUUACAGGAGAAUGCUAUCAUUUCCAUGGAGAAGAACUCAGAUUGUAUGGGAGCUAAUGCACAGAGAAAUGACUCCACUGAGAAACCUUGUAAGAUUGCUCCUCCUGACAUGGUAUCUGGUCUGGAGCCAAACUCAAAUGAGAAGUCCUCCCAGGACAAGCGACCAACAUGUCCAUCAAUGUCUGAGAAUGCUGCUAGUUCUGUGGAGAGGAAAUCUACAAAGUCAAUGGAAGCCAAAGCAUUACCUAAUGAUGAAACCUCUCUAUCUGAAACGCCAGAUAUACCUUCUAAUAACCUGACUGUAUCUCCAUCUGGUCAGCUUUCUCAAUCUGUCCAGCAGAUCCCUGAUUCUUCUGCUACCCUCGGUGUAGCUGGUUAUUCUGUGGGUUCCAUUAAUAUUGAGAAUACUGAUGAAGCUAAGCAGAUGGGAAGAACUCUUGUAUGUCAGGGUGAAGUACAAAGACAUGAUAUCGCCCCAUCUAUAUCUGUGAGUGGUCAUGUUUCUCAACCAGAUGAGCAUGUCUCUGUUCCUCCUGAAAGAGAUGAAUGUUCUUCUUUACUUGGUGAGAGUGAUGUAACCAAUCUACCUAAUACCGCUGCAACUGAAUUUGCUUCUAGCCUGCUAUCUCAAACAGAUGACAAGGUCCCCAAUACUGGUAUUAAUGGUACAGGUGAUAUAGAUCAGGUUGAUUUAGAUGCCGAUGCUGCAAAUAAACCUGAAGUAGCUACAGUUUCUUGCCAAGGUGAAACAGAACAUGAUACUGCCCCAUCAAUGUCUAGGAGUGGCCAGGUUCCUCCAUUGGAUGACAAAGUUAAGCUAGAGCAUGCUGAUGAUGAGAAUAGACCUAAAGCAACUUCUGCAUCUGCACUCUGUCAGGGUGAAAGAAAUCAUGAUAGUGCUUCAUCUAUUUCUGGGAGUGGCCAGGUUCCUCUAAUGGAUGGGCAGGUCGUUGAUCCUCUUAGUACUCAUGACGCAUAUGCUGAUCCCCAUGUAUCUGCCAAUUUAGAGGAUCCUGGGCCAGAAAAUCAUUCUGAGACAUAUGAUACGACACAUGGCCAAAUUGAGGUUAAGCCAGAGCAUGCUGAUGAUGGGAAGAAACCGGAAGGAACUACAGCACUCUGUCAGGGUGAAAGAAAACAUGAUACUGCCCCAUCUAUAACUAGGAGUGGCCAGGUUCCUAUAGUGGAUGAGCAGGUAUUUAAUCCUUCCAGUACUCUGGAUGCAAAUGCACCCAAUGUUUCUGGGAAUUCAGAGGAUCCUGGGGCAGAAAAUCAUUCCGAGGCGUAUGAAACGACGCAUGGCCAAAUUGAGGUUAAGCGAGAGCAUGCUGAUGAUGCGAAGAAACCUGAAGGAACUGAUGUAUCUGCCAAUUUAGAGGAUCCUGGGCCAGAAAAUCAUUCUGAGACAUAUGAUACGACACAUGGCCAAAUUGAGGUUAAGCCAGAGCAUGCUGAUGAUGGGAAGAAACCGGAAGGAACUACAACACUCUGUCAGGGUGAAAGAAAACAUGAUACUGCCCCAUCUAUAACUGGGAGUGGCCAGGUUCCUAUAGUGGAUGAGCAGGUAUUUAAUCCUACCAGUACUCUGGAUGCAAAUGCACCCAAUGUUUCUGGGAAUUCAGAGGAUCCUGGGGCAGAAAAUCAUUCUGAGGCGUAUGAAACGACGCAUGGCCAAAUUGAGGUUAAGCUAGAGUGUGCUGAUGAUGAAAAGAAACCUAAAGGAGCUACUGUUCACUGUCUGGGUGAAGUACAAGAUAAGGACACUGCCCCUUCUAUAACUGCUGUGGGCCAAACUCUGCAAAUAGAUGAGCAAGAUAUAGAUCCUUCCACCACUCAUCAUGCAGAUGUUAAUUCUGAUGGUGCUGUGCAUUUGGAGAACUGGACUGCAUGUUAUUCAAGUCAUGACAAUUCUACUGUACAUGGUCAGAUCGAAGCACUUGAGCUACCUAAUACUGCAAAUUUAGAGGCUCCAGAGAAAGAUGAGACUGAGGAACGCAAUAGCAUUGCUAUGCCUUCUCAGAGUGAAGAAACAAAAGUACCUGCUAUUGGAAAAACCAUUUCAUCCACUCAGAUUACUCAUUUAGACCAGGAGAACCCCAGUUCUUAUAUCUAUGGUCUAGGAGAUGCUGAAGGUUCUUUAACUUGUGGGGCAGCUGUGUCUGCUGGACUAGAUGAUUCUGUGGGUAUGAGUAAGAUCUUUGUUCCGUAUAAUACAGGUAUGGUUGCUUCAGAUGAGGAUUCAUCUGAUCAUAAGUUGGUCAUGUCCACUCAGAAUGUUGGGGAAGUCAAUGACAUAGUUCAAGGUCCAGGGGAUCUCAAGAAAACUGAGAAUGAUGGAGAUAUUCAUGGUGCAACACUGCCUGAACCUAGCCAUGCUCCUGUUGCUUUGCAUGGAGUUCUUUCCGAUGAAAAUAAAAUGAUCAGAGGAACUUCAGAAGGUGAAAACUUAUGUGUUCCAGUUGAAGAAAAGGACAAAUUAAUCAAUGAUGCUUCAGAAGCUAAUGAUAAAAUUGAUGAAGCUGUUAGUGAAGGCCCUGUAUAUUCUGAGAAAGCUGAUGAAGGUAGAGAUCAUCCUGGUAUUGUGCCUACUGAACUCAUAUUUAGCCGGGAUUCCCAUGGUGAUCAAUUGGAUCUGGGUCAUGGAGCCUCAUAUGUUGAGGGAGAAAAUGAAGUGUUUCCUUCUGAUGAAAAAGAGGUGGUCAAAGACUCUUCAGAAGGUAAUAAUGUAAUUAAUGAGGCUGACAGUCAAUGUCCUGUGUAUUAUGAGAAAGCUGAUGAAGAUGGAGAUCAUACCAUUGUGCCUACUCAACUCACAUCUGACCAGGAUUCCCAUGGUGAUAAAUUGGAUCGAGAAACAUCUUUUGUUGAGGGUGACACUAAAGAGGUUCCUUCUGAUGAAAAAAAUUGGUCAGGUACAUUCCAGAGGAUAAUGACAUAAUAUACGAGGCUAUUAAUCAAAGCCCUGGAAACUCUAAGAAAGCUGAUGAAAGUAAUUAUCCUUGUACUACACCAACUCAACUUGCAUCUGGCUAGGAUUCCUAUGGUGAUAAACGGGAUUGGAGUCCUCUUUUGUUCAGGGUGAAAAUAGUGAAGUUCCUCCUUAUGAAUCAGGCUUGCUCAGUGAUACUGUAAAAGCUAGUGGUACAAUUGAUGAAGCUGUUAGUCGAGGUCCUGUAUCUUUUGAGAAAGUUGAAGAUGGAGAUCAUCCUGGUAUUUUGCCAACUGAACUUACGUCUGACCAGGAUACACAUCAUGAUGAAUUAAAUCUGAAACUCCCUUCUAUUGAGGAUGAAAAUAAAGGAUGUCCUGUUUCAGAAUCUAUGCAGCCGGUUGCUGUUGCAUCUUGCAGUUUGGAUGCCCUUCCAGAAGAUCAUUAUGAGAUUCAAAUCCCUAAAGCAGAUCAAAUCUGUACAGAUAAGUGUCACAAAGAUUUUGAGAAAGAAGUGCACAGAUCAGAAUCAGAUACUUCUUAGCUAGUUUCUCGUGAUCCUGGUGAGGAUCAUGUAGCUGCAAGGUGUCUAGAUGUCUCAAAAUCCGAGGAAGGUGAUGCAUUGGAUGUCCCUAUGGUUAGUAGGGUUGAAGAAAUUGUCAGAGACCAGUCAUCAGAGCAUGUGGAUAUAUCCUCGUCUCCUUUGCCAGGAGGGGAAGGUGAAAAGAAAGACAACAUGUCUGAUAACAUUCCAGGUGGGGUAUCAACAGUGCUAGGUGGAUUAGAUGAUCAAGUGGAGUACGGGUUAUCCAAAACUUUUUUUGUAUAAAACACAUUUUGUGUAGUGCUUAUUUACCCAAAAUUUUUUUUUUGGCCUGUAAAUGAUAUAGUUUAGAGUAUAAGUUUAACUGGAGGCAUGAUUUUGCCAUCUGUAUUUCCUAUUGAGUCUGAACACAUGGAUAUGUUUAGCUUCUGU